GUUAUUCAGCCGAAUCUAUUUUAUAUUCAAUUCUUUGCCAGUGGUGUUGCACAUCUGCUGAAACCAUGAUGUCCGUCCUCAUCUUUAGUGUCUUAAUCGCGUGCACAGGAAAGCUUGUGAGCGGCUCCUGUCCACAGUUAGAAAUGAGCCCUCCUAGAGUUGUGGUGAGAUUUGGAGACUCUUUAUCAGCCAACUGCACUUCAUCAUCUCACCAGACAGGGGGAAUGGGCUGGGAGUCUCCGUAUGGAGGAGUGGACCUUACCCCGGGUGUCUCUUCUCUUCCCUUUAAAAUGAACUCUGUGCCAGACUGGGUGAUAGAACCAAUGUGUUAUGUGAAUCUCCUUGAUGAAAUGCCAGACAGUGUGUCUUUGAAGAAUUUAAAUAGCAUGGUGGAAGGCCAACAGUAUGCCAUACAGUGUGACAUUGUUAAUGUGGCACCAGCAAGAUAUCUCUCUGUUCUUUGGCACAAAGGAAAUAAGAUCUUGUCUCCUGAGACUUUUGAUGAGUCUCGUCCAUCUCCGGUCAAUAAGUCAUCUGUCCUCAAUCUGAUUGCUCAUAGAGACAAUGAUGGAACUGAGAUCUGGUGUGAAGCAAAGCUAAACUUGUGGCCAGAAGCACAAGGUCCUCCCACGAUGCCUUCAAAGUCACAUAGUGUGACUGUACUCUACCCACCGACCUUCACCAAUCCCGCAAAUGAGACUCUGGAACUUUCAGCUGGUCAAAUGAUGACUUUAAAUUGCACAGCUACAGGAAAGCGUGUGCCAUCGUACCGCUGGCAAUUCCCACAAGCAGCUCAAGAGGCGUACAAGAGUCAAGAUGAGAAGCAACCUAUUCUGACCCGACCAUUUGAGCAUCCGGGGGUCUAUGUCUGCACAGCCUCAAACAGCCAGGGAACUGUGACCAAAUAUUUCACUGUCAGCAAGCCUUCAGGGGAUCAAACAAUCAUUGCAACAACAGUGAGGCUACUUGUGGUCUUCGCACUCCUGCUCUUCCUUGCUGGUCUAGUUUUUAUGAUACACAAAGGCACAUUUUCCUGCAAGAAAGGUGACUAUCUCCAAGGAGAACCUACCUCAUCAGUACCAGUAUAAGGCAAAUUUUCAUGGGUGUGUGCUCAUCGGGGGGGUAUCCCAUUCAUGCUUGGUAGCUGUAGCUGUGAAAUGCAGAUACGUUUUGUUUCAGUCCUAUGUUCUGAAUUUGCAUCGUACACACUGCAGUCAAAGCAGACCUUUCUUCUUCUGAAGUCUCUGUCCUGUGCAUUUGCACAGAAAUGGUUUCUUUAAAAGGUAAAACACACCAAGUACAGAAACCACACAUAAAUUCAACAGCAGUCAUAAAGCAUGUAUAUGAUGUAUAUGGCUAUAACAGGUCAGUACAGUAGGUCUGUCA